AUGUCUUCUAUAAAAAAUGAUUUUUCAGAAAACAAAGAAAAAAUAAAAAUUACAUAUAAAAAAGUAAUUAAAAACAAAAAAUCUAAGAAAGAUGUUAAAAAAGAAAGUGACGAAUUAAUAUUAAAAUUACGAGUUAUAUCAAUGGAAAGAAAAAUUAAAAAUAUAAAAAGUGAAUUAAAAUGUUUAAAAAACCAAGAGAAAUAUGAAGAAAGAAAUUUAAGAAUUUUUAAUGCUUUAUAUGCUACUCCUUUUGAUGAUACUAAUAAAAGAAAAAAAGAAUUAUUUAAUGUUCCAAGUGAAAGUAUUAUUAAAUCUAGCGAUUCUGAUACAGAAUCUUCUGAUAUUUCUACAUCACUUUUACAAAAACAAGACAAAGAAAACAAUAAAAAAAUUAAAAGUAGAGUAAAUAUAAUUAAUAAAAAAAACACUUUACCGAUUGAUGUUUCAAAAAAAGAUAAAUUUAAAAACAAUUUUUCUUUUCAUAAAAAUAAUUCUCUUCCAAGUCUUUUAACUGAUACAGAAUCACAAAAUGAAAGUUUAAAAAAAAAUUAUUUACUAAGCUCAAAAACAAAUUAUAUAUUCAAUGAUUCAAAUAAGACGGAAAAAACAACAUCAUUAAGUAAUGUAUCAAUACCUUUUAAUAAGAGAAAUGAUUCAGAAUUUAAUAAUUUACAUAAAAAGGAUUUAGAAAAAUCUUCAAACACUAAAGCGUCAGAAAUAUUGCCUGUAACCGUAAUAAUUUUACAAAAGGAAAAUAUUCAUUUUAAUAGAAAACUUAAUCAACCAGAAAACAAUGAAAAUGGUAUUAUGUCAUCAACAAUUGAGCCGCAACUUGGAGGAUUUCCUGGAAAAGGAAUACCAGCACCAGAUAACGUUGUUUCAGAAGUUAUGAAAAAAAUCAAUGAAAAAAAACAAAUGUUAGAUGAUACUAUAUCGUUACGAUGUGUUUUUCGAAAUGGUUUUACAAAUAAAAUUCAAUUUAUAAUAUUUCAUCCACUUGAAAGUACUUUAGAAAGUUUAAUGUUAAAACUCCAAAAUCAACAUAAUUUUACUGGCCAUCUUUUUUAUAAUGGAAAAGAAUUAAUUGGUGAUAAAAAAAAACUGUCUGAUUUUAAUAUAUCACAAAAUGUUGAAUUUGUAAUAAUACCAAAAAUUACUUCAGGAGAUUAUAGCCUUCAACAAUAUUCACAAUUGAAUAAAAACCUCAAUCAAAAAAAAAAGUUUUUUCAAAAUAUCAAAAACGCUCUUGAUAAUACGGAGAAUUUAGAUGUAGAUGAUAUAACAACAAAAAAAUUUAUACACAAAUUUGUGACAAUGACUGAAAAAGAAAGAAAAAAUUUUGAUAAAGACAUGAAAAAUAAAUUUAAAAAAUUAAAAGAAAUGAGAGAUGAUAAACGACGUAAGAAAAAAGCAUUUUUUACAAAAUAA